UUUACUGAAGUCCUUCAAAGAAACAGGAAAGCAAGAAGCCCAAGAGUCAGCCACAAUGGAGGCCCAUCUCUUAGUCUUGAUUUUGGGAUGCUUAAGUAUAAAGACAGCUUACGGACUGCAGUGCUAUGCCUGCACUUCGUCUUUUUCCAACGCAGACUGUAAUAAGAACACUCAGAACUGUACGAUAGAGACCAACUGCUACUCCAGUGUCACCAGUGCAUUGGGGAUAAAAUCAAUCACAAAAGGAUGUGGUGUCUCUACAAUGUGCAAUAGUAACAUCAACGUAGUUGUGGCAUCCACUUCAACAACCUGCUGCUCUACAGACCUGUGCAAUGUGAACAGUUCAUCCACCUCCAGUCUGAACGUCUUGCUGCUGGCAGCCUGUGCAGUGGCGCUCUUCAUGUCUACGAAGAUUACUGAAUAGAUCAGUUCUGAUUAUGUAUUGCUCUUUAAUUUUGCAAAUUUCAUAUUACGUUUGACCUAAAUCGCUCUGUAUUUUCUUGCUUUAGAUGGUAAAAUAAAGCUUGUUUAUUUGUAAUAAUAUAUGACUAUGAAUAAUUAUCCUACAGAAAAAUGUUAAAUGUCAAUCCAGAUUGUUAGUUUUGGAAAAAUAUUUCAUGCCGUCCAUUCUUUAAUUGCUUGAUAUCAAUUGUUGUAUUUUCUGUAAAAAUGACAUAUAUUAAAUAGAUGUUACAUAAAAUACAAAAUAAUAAUAAAAAUAAAUUACUAAACCAAA